AUGGCCGGCAAAGUAUACCUGAUCACUGGCGUCAACAGAGGCAUUGGCCAUGGUCUUUUCAAAUACUACGCCUCACAGCCUAACAAUACCGUCAUCGGGACAGUCCGCGACCUGAAACACGCCCAGGCGCUGCUGGACGAGCCGCGGGGCACUGACACCAAUCUGAUCGUCACCAAGCUCGACGCCUCCUCAAAGACGGACCCCUAUUCCGCGGUCGAGGAUAUUCGCUCCAAGGGCGUCGACCACAUCGAUGUCGUCAUCUCCAACGCAGCCGUCGCGCAGCUGUUCACUCUCGAGGACCUGCCCAUCGAGGUCUUCGAGGAGCACAUCACCAUCAACUCGGUCGCGGUGCUGCUGCUUUACAAGGCCACGCUCCCGCUCCUGCGCGCUUCGGCCUUUGCCAAGUUCACCCUGAUCAGCGCCGCCGGCGGCAGCAUAGGCAGCUUUGCGGGCACCAAGCUUCCCUUCGGGGCGUACGGCGCCUCCAAGGCGCUUUCCAACUAUCUGCUGGUGAAGAUGGGGGCCGAGAACGACUGGCUGGUGACGCUGUGCAUCCACCCGGGGCACGUACAAACGGACAUGGGCGAUUUCGCCUCCAAUGCCUUUGGUAUAGACAUCGCGCCGGUCACAAUCGACCAGUGCGUUAAGGACACGACGGAGAUUAUUGAAAAAUCAACCAAAGAAGAUCACUCCGGCAAGUUCUUUGACCGGACCAUCGACAGCUUCUGCCCUUGGUAG